AUGGACCUGGGCAAACCCAUGAAAAACGUGCUGGGGGUGGCUCUCCUUGUCAUAUUCCAGGUGUGCUUCUGCCAAGACGAAGUCACAGAUGACUACACUGGCGAGAACACCACAGUGGACUAUACCCAGUACGAGUCUGUGUGCUUCAAGAAGGACGUGCGGAACUUUAAGGCCUGGUUCCUCCCUAUCAUGUAUUCGGUCAUUUGCUUCGUGGGCCUGAUGGGCAACGGGCUGGUGGUGUUGACCUACAUCUAUUUCAAGAGGCUCAAGACCAUGACGGACACCUACCUGCUCAACCUGGCCGUGGCCGACAUCCUCUUCCUCCUCGUCCUCCCCUUCUGGGCCUAUAGCGCAGCCAAGUCCUGGAUCUUUGGGGUCUACCUGUGCAAGUGCAUCUUUGGCAUCUAUAAAGUGAGCUUCUUCAGCGGCAUGCUCUUGCUCCUCUGCAUCAGCAUCGACCGCUACGUGGCCAUCGUCCAGGCUGUGUCAGCCCACCGCCACCGCGCCCGCGUGCUUCUCAUCAGCAAACUGUCGUGUGUUUUUAUCUGGAUGCUGGCCCUAUUGCUUUCCACCCCGGAACUGCUCUACAGCGGCCUCCAGAAGAGCUACAGCGAGGACACAUGGAGAUGCUCGCUCAUCACUGACCACGUGGAGGCCUUGAUCACCAUCCAAGUGGCCCAGAUGGUCAUCGGCUUUUUAGUGCCUCUGCUGGCCAUGAGCUUCUGCUACCUCGUCAUCAUCCGCACCCUGCUCCAGGCACGAAACUUCGAGCGGAACAAGGCCAUCAAGGUGAUCAUUGCUGUUGUGGUGGUGUUCAUUGUCUUCCAGGCGCCCUACAAUGGAGUGGUACUGGCCCAGACAGUGGCCAAUUUCAACAUCACCAACAGCAGCUGUGAACUAAGCAAGCAGCUCAACAUCGCCUAUGACGUCACCUACAGCCUGGCCUGUGUCCGCUGCUGCGUCAACCCUUUCUUGUAUGCCUUCAUCGGGGUCAAGUUCCGCAGCGACCUCUUUAAGCUCUUCAAGGACCUGGGCUGCCUCAGCCAGGAGCAGCUCCGGCAGUGGUCUUCCUGCCGGCACGUGCGACACGCUUCCAUGAGCAUGGAGGCCGAGACCACCACCACCUUCUCCCCAUAA